CAUUCAUUGGUUUCAGUUCACUAGAAGUCAUGGAUGGUCAACUAUGUUACAACAGAAUAACAAGAUACAUCCUCAAAAGCAACCUGAAUUCUUCUAACCUAACGACCGAUUCCGACAAUUCGACGCAUACCAUCAGUGUGUUUGAUGGGUGCGAACAAAUGGUGAGUGGUAUCCUUUUUGACCUAGCUAUACAGUCCUUCAACGUGAUCAUAGGAAUACCUGCCAACAUCCUGGUCUUAGCAAACCUGAUAAACACCCGGAAUGAGCCUUCAACUUCUGACAUCUUCCUGGGCUGCCUGGCCUUCAUGGACGCCUACUUCGGAUUUAUGACUAUCAUACUGUUCCUCAAUCUCUACCACUGGAAAAGUGCUAUGGGUUGGAGGGCUCUGAAGUUCUCUUAUGGCGUUAAGGACACCAGCGGGCCGCUCUUCCUCUCGUGUGUCUGUCUGGAUCGAUUUAUAGCCGUUCUCUUCCCCAUCGCAUUCGGACAGUUGAAGGACAUCAAAUACAGGAUCGGCCUGAGCAUUGUGGUUCUGCUGCUCACUUUUGCUUAUGCUUCGGCCAAAGCUGUUGGUGGUCUGCCCAACUUUGAAAAGGUUUUCACUUUUGAGGUCUUGUUUGCUUUUACCUGGAUGGUGGUGUGUAACGUGGCCAUCCUCUGGGCCCUGAAACGCUCACGAGGCUCUGGUAAAGAUGAGAUGCAUCCGAUGAAAAGAAAGGCGUUUAAGAUGGUGCUGUCUAUCUUGAUCAUCAUCGUGAGCAACUAUCUCCCUCCAGUUGCUCUGUUCCCCUUUGAAGACCAUUAUCCACACAAGACCUUCACUUGCUAUGUGCAGCCAGUGGGUUAUGCCUUCUUGAACAUCAGCAGCACUAUCCAGCCCUUAACUUAUUUGUCCCGCCUGGAGAAAGUACCAUUCUUGCCUGAUUCUUGGGUAAAGAAGUUAAGCUGCAAGGAAAAAGACAAGCCCUUAAAGGAAUGAUAACUUCUGCCAGGGUCUGAAAUCAAUGUACUAUACUACUGAUAUACUGGCAUUGAUCAUAAAAUGUAAAUCUGUGGCUUUAUUUUCAUAGUUCUUUAGUUUUCAAAAUAUCUUUGUAAAGAAGCAAACUUCUUUAAACUAAAUACUUAUUUUACUAGAUGUUUCUAGACACUUCCUAGUUGUAAUAUUUACUUUGUUUGAAGUGUUAAAGCAUAAAUGUAUCUGUUGUAAAUCCUGAGACACACCUAAAUGAAACUUGAAAAUGAAAGAUUAAUUUAAAGAGUUGUGGCGCCACCGUGUGUUACAGACAAGAAAAUAAGGCAAAACCAGACGUUGCUUGUAAUAGUUCUCUGA